AUGUCCCAGCCAGCCGGUCCAUCUCUUCGAUCCAAGGGCAAAGCCAUCGCCAAACCCGACACGCAGCCCCCAAAAGAUCAGUCCACCCCAGGUCGGUCCGCCUACGGAGUCCCCACCAUCAACGUCCUCUCCACGGCCAUCUCUCGUGGAAAGCCGCCCACCGACCUGCAGACCAGGUCCGACUUCUGCUUCGACCGGCUCCUCAGCUUCUUGCCGCACGACGAACACAAGCUGCUCCGCGUAUACAGAGCGCUCGACGUGCCGUCCGCGAGACUUCGCAAGUGGGCGUCCAAGGGCAGGAAGAGGCUGGGACAGAAGGUCCUUGCGCGACUGGAGCAACAGAAGGACGCCGCGCCGGGCGAGUACCAGUUCGCCGUCGACCACCCCUAUGUCUGGGGUCUCGGGAACGGCGACGCUUGGGCUAGGGCGGGCCAGGCCUACGACCUCAAGCUCAAGGGUGAGCCUUUGCGUCUACCGGACAAGGAAGCAGUGAUGCAGGAAGACAUUCCUGGCGGUGCCGUGAACGGGGCUUCAUCUCCUCGACCCAAUAAGACUUCCAAGUAUAGCAGAAAGCGGAACAGAAAUGCGCUUGACGACACCAACAAGGUGCCCGGGGCACAUGGUCGACACACCGAGUUCCAGAAGAAGAAGGCCGCAGGAAUCGGUCCAAGUCCGCUGCGCAAGUCCUCAUCUAGGUAA